AUGGCAUUAAAAAGGAUCAAUAAGGUAAGGAUCGAGGGUAUAACAGAGCCCUUUUUUCGAAGGUUUGAAGGUAUUUAGUGAACGGUUUGCUACACGGUAACUCUUACGACGAAAACUGUACGGAUGGGCCGGCCAAGGUGCCAUUUUUUUCGUUGUGGUUGUCAAGAGUAUUUUAGCUCUCUGUAAACUUUACAUAUCUCUUUAUUAGUUAAUCCUUUAAAUUUUCAAAUUGAUUUUUCAUCUUUAUUUUGAUAUUUCAGGAACUUCAAGAUCUUGGAAGGGAUCCGCCAGCACAGUGUUCAGCCGGACCGGUUGGCGAGGACUGUAAGCGAAAUAUGAAUAUGUUGUAUUUGAUUGAGUUCAAAGAAAACCUUUUGUAGUCAAACUAAUCUUGCCUUUACAUGUAACUUUGCCCAUUAGUCUUGAUGUUUAAAUAUGACUCUUGUAUCUAGACUGAUUAUUUGUGUGCUCUGCUCAUAAAAAUGCCUUUUCUUUUUCUCCUUUGACAUCGCGUGUACUUUGAAGUAUUUCAUUGGCAAGCGACUAUCAUGGGGCCGGUAAGGAAUGCUUACUUCUUUUAAAACUGAAAAUUCACAGAAACAUUCUUAAUAAAUUGUUUCAUAAUGCUAUUGCACAAAGUUUGUGUUAAUUUCUGUAUUUCGUUGUUUCCUCGCGAACAGCCCGACAGCCCUUACCAAGGUGGUGUAUUCUUCCUUACGAUACACUUUCCAACAGAUUAUCCAUUCAAACCUCCAAAGGUAGGCGCCUAAAAUAUUAGUUUAGACUAACAUUUAUGCAGUUAAGAUUAUUUUGUAACCUCUGUUGUGUUGUGGGCAAAGUAUGGCAGAGUAUAAGACGUGCAGAAAGUAGUGAAUCUAUCACGUACGUGAACUUCUACUCUGUGUUUCAGCCUACUGUUCUUCCGGUUUCCACUUAACUGCGAUCGAUCCUUUGCUUUGUGUUUGUCUCAUUCAACUCCAUAAAUGUGAAAAAAGUGCUUUGAUAAGCAUAACUGCUUCUUCAUUUUGUGUAGCAGUCGGUAAGUGUCAAACGUUCGUUUUGUUUCAACGUGAGACGUUCAAAGACUGUACUUACUAGUUUUCGUAAUGUACACAUUUCGUGGUCCCCUCAGGAAUAUAGCCAGUAUUGAUUUGCUUGUUGUUGAUUAGUGAGCUGGCCUUCCUUAUUAUAAUCGACGCAAACCGUUUAUACUAAGGUUUCAAAAUGUUAUAAUGAAAUGAUCAUACACCAGUGGUAUCAUCAGUGAUAUUUCCCAAUCGAUCUUUUCAAGGCUACCUUUCUAACUGACUUUUGCAUAUUCACAACACGGCGAAACGUGAAAAGUUGUCGAAGCCAUUGUGGUGAAGUAAUGUCCUCUAUAAAAUAAAGGAAUUGUACAAUGUUAUCAGAUGUUUUGAUGUCAGCUUUGCUGUUGCAUAAGUUGUAAUUUUCACUUAGAAAGUUUGCUCUACCAUCUCGAUUAGUAUUCUAUCACUGAAUUGAGUAAUUUAUUGAAAUUUUCUUGGACAUGCUGUCUAUGAUUUGCAUUCAUUGGCAUUUAUGUACCAUGUUAAGCAUUGUUGGUUUGGUUGUUCAAAAAGGGAAUAUACAACUUUUUUCGCUCUACCAUUGCAAAACAAGUCGCUCAAAUAAAGACAUCGCCUUGUGUAACACCCCCUGAAGUGCGUUAAUCUUUAUGUGACACAAAAGUAUUGCAAACCAUGUUCAUGCCAGUAGGUGAUGCACUGGGCAAUUUUACUUGGAACUUUUGUCACAAUCAAAUGGUGAGACAAGUUACAGUAGAAUAAAAAUUAUUGCCCACAUUGUAGUGUGACAGGAACUAAAAGCUAAAAGUGCUAUUGGUUUUAUUAAUGCUUAUCCAGUGCAAAGUAUAAAGAGGCCUUUUUUGAAAAUACCAUAAUACUGUUUGUUUUCCUUCCAAAAUUUUGUAUAAUUAUUUUCAAUUUUUCUUGGAACUUACAAUCACCCCUAAGAGAAAUUGUAGGAGUAGUUAUGCAAAAUUUUGAAAGGAAAACAAAGGGUAUUAUGGUGUUUUUGAAAAAGGUUGCCCUUCGGGUAAGUAGGUUUUCAGUUUCACUUGCCUGGGUCAUUUUCUCGCUUUCCCACUACAUUGAUUGAGGAUUCCUCUGAUCAGCUUUUGUCAAGGCCACAACCAACUUUUGUCAAAGUCACAGUUACUAUUUGCGUCGAAGUUUGAAAGGAAAAUAUUGCAUUAAAAUUGGGGAAACUGAUCGACAAAACGUAGGCUUAAUGUGCCGCAACAUGAAAAAAAUACAAUGAGUUUAAAAACCACAUGGACCACGCUAUAAUAUGACCUGGAAGAUUUUGAUCAGUUCGCAUCAGUUUAUGAGUUCCUCUGCCCUUUUUGUACCUUUCCAAGAAAAAAAUGAUCUUCAUUUCAUCAACACUUGACUGAGUAAUUGAAAAGUUUUCUUUGAAAUACUUAGAAAUGAUUGUCUUGAUGUUUACGAUCAGUAGCUCUAAGCACCGAGGUAUUCCAACAUUAACACUUUCGAGUCCAGUCCACCGACUUUCAGGAAGAAACCCUCAUCAUGAAUCAUUAAGAAAAUUGAGUCAUUGAAUAGAACUUAAGUUGCAUGUGCCUUUUUUCCAUGUAGUUCACUGGUAAUUUCUGCUUUGUAUACUUAUAGUGCAUGCAUGUAGUGCAAUAUUUUUAAAAAUUGAUGGAAAUACCUUGUUUUUGAUUGCUUCUUAGAGUAACACACCUUUGGCAGUCAUCAUCACCUUUACUUUCAUUUCAGUUGCAGGCACUUAUAUUGCAAACAGAAAGGGCCGGUUAUUUAAACGAAGACUAAAUUAGACCGGGGUUUAAGAAAUCUUUUCUUCUUUAUAGUGGUCAAUCUAAGAAGAUAAAUGCUUUUCUAGUCUACAUUAUAUGCUUUAGUGAAACUGUUCACAACAAAUGGUGCUUAGAUAAAAGCCUUGGGCCAAAAACUUAAAAUGACUUAGAACCCUGUUUUUUAAAACCCUGGUUAAACUCUGUUUAGAUAACCAGCCCAAAAUGUUUUGUUCAUUUUAGGAACAAUGGCACAAAAAUGAAUUAAUUUCUUUUUCACAAGCUUUCUUGAACCCAUUAAAGGUGGCAGCUUGUCCAUUCCCUUGCCCCUUGGGCAAGCUAGCCAGGAAAGUAACUUGCCUAAGGCCAAAAACUACUUGUCCUGAAAUUGGGGAAAUUCCUCUCAUAUAAAGGUUCAAUUAAGCUUAAAAGUGGAGCUUCUUUUGAAUACUAACCAUUCAUUGAAAGGAAUAAACUUGAUAGAGUGAUUUUCGUAUGAUUUUAAAAUGAAAAUGUGCGAACAAAACAGAAACAACAAAUGAAUGGAAAUAGAGCGUUUUGAUUCGUUUAUUGAACAGGUCAAACGCACGUGGCUUUUGCUUGGUUAAGCGAAUGCUCGGGUGAAAAAACUUCAUGCCCGAGAACUUUUUAGAAAACAAUCAAUACUUUGCUUUGAGGUCAUGCUGCAACACGAUUGGCCAAUUGAACAAUUCCUUCUCCAUAUUAGGGUUUUCUUUGGCAGGAAAAUGAAGAGUCCAUGUUUUAAUCUUUUCAUCCAUUGGCUGAUAAAACAAAUAACCAACACUUACAGGAACUAUUUUUCAAGGUCAUACGAUAAUCGCUGAUAACAAUGAAUGCAUUUAGAAAUGCACCAGUCUUAUUGUUUCAUGGCAUCCUACUGAAGAAUGGUUUUGAUGUUUGCCGUCUGUUCCCUGCUAAUGAACUUACAUAGUAAACAUACACCAUAAGCAAAGACAACUUUUUCCUGUUGCAUUGCACGCAUGCAUUGGUUUCACUAACCAAUAAGGUGAAAAUCAAAACAGCCUGUUCACGAGGUGACCAGAAAGUUUAUACAAGUACCGCUUGUACUUUCCUCAUGCACUAUAAUGUCAGAAUGAAAAGUCUAAAACCUAGCCUGCGAAAACAGUUGUUUCUCCUCACCCCUUGCUGUCUCAUUGACAGAAAUUCCAUGCUGAUGAUGUAAAUCAAUGUUAACAUAAUUAAUCUGUUAGUCAUUGGAUUCCAGAUGCAAAUUUGUUCAAUUUUAUCUUUCUGCUGGUCGAUUUUGGUAAAGUUUUGUGUCCAUCUGCGAACGAGCUCCAGCAAAGCUCAAAUGCUUCUUCUAGAGGGAAAUAUAGUCCACAAAUAUUGACUGUUUUGUUAUUAUUAGAUUCAUUGCGUUUACAUUUGACCUUUGUGGCCUCAUCUUUUGUCUGUCAUUCGUAAACUAUGGCUAAAAUAAUAUAACUACUGCAUCGACCAAUCAGAGCUCCUGACCAGAUUCCAGACAGAUUUUACGUCAUCAGUAAGGAAUUUCUGUCGCUGAGACGCAGACAUCUCUACUGGUGAAAAAUCCCAAGUGUUGAGGAGCGAGGACACUCCAUGACAUGUUUUAGCUCAUAGGGUGAUCAAAGAAGAAUGCGAAUUUAUUAAAUAAAUCUUAGUUCUUGAAAACUGUAAUUUGUCCUUAAAAAAUCCUUGAAAUUUGUUUGUCUAAAGUUGUACAUGUAUGAACCAUACAUUGUUAACUUUGUUCAGUCACUUCUUCCUGCGAGGCCUUGUUACAGCUGUAAGGCACCUCUUUGGUCUGAAGUCAAUUUCCUCAGGAUUUUUGUUGAUACAGCUUGAAAGAAUGAGGUCAUUGACCAGCAUUCUUCAGCUCAUAAGGUGUCCGAGGCAGUGCUUAAUUGCAGCAGACAAGAGGAGCCAGCAAUUGUUUGGACUUCCAAGAAUGAACAGAAUGCACAGAAUGCAGUUUGAUCAUUCAAUCACUCAUAAUCUGAUCAGCCUUGUUUUGACUAUCUGUCACGUUAAACAUAUGCAGAGCGCAGCAAUGGAGAAAAACGUUUUGACCUUCGAUCAUUGUCACCUGCACUCCGUAACCUUUGGUUAUUACUACUACUGUAAAGUUUUAGAAAUUUUCCUUUUGUAUAGAGUAGUCUUGAGUAAAAAUGAUAUUUGAAAUGAUUUGUGUUAUUUCUUUCUGAAUUUUAGGUUUCAUUUACUACCAAAAUAUAUCAUCCUAACAUAAACAGUAAUGGAAGUAUUUGUCUUGACAUUCUGCGAUCACAGUGGAGUCCUGCACUAACAAUUUCUAAAGGUAUGUUACACAUUUACCCAUAUUAGGGCUGCAAUGGUACAUUUUCCCAUGGUACACAUACAAAUUGCACUCUAAGGGCCAAGAUACAGUAUAUGAGGAAAUAUAGCCUGCAUAGCUGGCAGUUUUUUGUAAGUAAGAGAUUCAGCAGUGUGAAAGCUGUAACAAGGACGAAAAAAAAAAUGAUUGAGGAGGAUGUGAGGGAAGAAGUCAGUGAAAAAUUAAACAAGUGUCCCUUUCCUUUUCCGGGUCAAAAUAUUCAGACAAAUUUAACUUUUUUGUUGUAAAAUAGAUAUUUUCUUAUUCCUUUUCAUUCAAAUUGCCUGUUAAAGAACGUUUAAGUGUUUUUUUUCUUUUGAAACCUGGUAAAAAAUGUAAACUAACCCUGGUAAAAAAUGUAAAUUAGUCGCAUAAUUUAUCACGUAAUAGUUCUGUCUUAUUGUACAAUCUACCCUAAAAAUAUCGCACACUUUCUGAUUUUUUAUCGCACCCUAUCAGAUGGCCUGUACAAGUGACAUAUAAGUGAGCACGAAUUGUUUGAUACCUUGUUCUUAACCUUGAAAGUUGAGAAGCAUGUGAAAGAGGGAUGGUUUGCUUUUUUUAAUUUGUUUUCACCACAAGUGGCCUUAGAAGGGCUAAAAUCAAAGGUUUUGUAGGGAAUAGUUGAGACAGUGAUUUCACAAACUCACCAAUGAAGCAUUUUCAUUCUAUACACUGUAAUAUUGACAUUUGCAUUAUCUGUUUUAAGCCACAUUGAAAAUCUGUUUUGUGGGUUUUACUCGUAAAUAUGGCUGUUUUUCGGCUUUAGUGUCCUGUUGGGGCGAUAGCUUUUCCUUUUAAGAAUGUUCUGUUUUUGGUUUAUGAUAAGAAAAGUAGUUUUUCAGUUUCUGUUGUUUGCUUACGAGUUUUGCUGUUUGGUUUUUUUGAACAUUGGUUACAAGGACAGAUACUCCUGUUGUUGGCCAGCAUGAUUCACAUUUUGAUGGUGCAACAAACUCAACCAGGGCCACUGUUAACACCAAUAAUUGGUGUUCACAGUGGCCCUGGUUGAGUUUUUUCUUAAAUUAUUUAAGAAUUGUUCUGAUUCUUGAAUGCCAUUCAUUCCUAAAUAAACCAGUAAUGUCCCGAUUGUUAGGAAUGUGACCUGUGAUUUUCUUAGUAAUAUUGGGUGGCACUGCUUGAGUUUGGUGCACUGUCUGGAAGUCUCUAUCACGAGCCAUAUAACAACAACAACAACAAUAACAACAAGCUUUACUUGCAUGACUAUAAUAGAUAAAGACAAAAUCUAUUCAUGCUAUUCUUGUGAUUUCACAAACAAGUACUCCACUAUGUUACAGUGAAACCUGGUUACAUGUAUAAUGAAGAGCCAAGGGACUGACAAAAUUUGUUUGCUAAAACAAGGUUUCGCUAUAUCAAGGUUUUUUCUAUAUAUCUUACUAUUACUGGGGUAAAGAGAAUUGUUAUAUCAAGGACUUCAUUAUUUAGAAGUUCCAUCAUACUAGAAAAGUAUAAUGUUAUGUUUUCCUUUUCUCUUUUAGUUCUUUUGUCAAUAUGUUCAUUGCUUACUGAUCCAAAUCCUGAUGAUCCAUUGGUGCCAGACAUAGCACGCAUUUAUAAGACAGACAGGACAAAAUAUGGGGAGACAGCAAGGGAAUGGACCCGGAAAUAUGCCAUGUGAACAUCUAAGGACUAAAACUGUUAUUUUUUCUUUGGCAAGGCUCCGUGAAGUCUUGCAACUCUUUAAGACUAUGUAAAAGGUAAUUUCCAGUGUUGUCAUUCUGCAAGGUUAAGUUCCUUUUAUGUGCUGUGAUUGAGUGGUUAUACUUGUUGUUGACAUCUGCCUUAAUGAAGAUUUGAAAGAGCACUUAUUGUACUGAAUGUAUAGUUAGCUGUUUUUCCUCUUUUGUUGUAAAAGUGCCUGAAAUCCAAUUCAGAUCUUGAUUAAUGUAGGCCUAAAUGAUUGCUCUUAAUGUGCUGUCGUGUUAGUAAUGAUUGUUUUUACUUUUGUGUUGUUGUAUAUAUACAUAUAAAUGCAGUUGCUGGUAAAUAUGUCAUCACUUUCAAUCUCUUCUUCAACAUGCAAAUUCUCCUUAAAUCACUUCUUUUGAGAGUGUUGUUUGCCAGUUGUUUAAAAUAAUUUUCAAGUAUACAUUUGUAUAUCACAAGCACUUGUUUCGUUGAUAACAUUAGUCAGAUAAUUAGAUCAAUAUUUAAGGAGAGUUUAGAUGUUGUCAUCAUAUGAAGGUUGUAAUUGCUUAAACCUACUUUUUUACUAUCACAGUUUUGUAUCAGUUAUGCGGUUUGCAUGUUGUCCAACAAAGACAUGAAUAAUGUCUAAAGAGGCAGUGGUGUAGUUGGUUACUGGCAGUUGAUGGGUGAAAUGCCAUCCCUAAGAAAACCCUCGCUGUUCAUAAUGUUUAACUGUAAUAAUACUGAAGAUUCCUGCAAGUGCAAUACAUAAGUAUUGAGCAAUUACUAAAUUGUCUUUUUGUCGUGUGGAAAUACAUUUGUAUUGAAUAAACAGAUAAUUUAGCAAUUGACUUUGCGGCCUUAGAUUUUGCUUCCUUUGUACUGUACUGGGUAAGGGCUUGUGGGUACUUAGCCUGUGUAGCUAGCAGGAUUAGCAGGAAAGUGCUGUAGUUUUUUGGUGGCAGCACCAUGUGAAGAUUGGGAGCAAGUUGCUUAGCUCUGCAGCCAAGAAAACACCUUGGGCACAAUAAUCCCCCCAGCUAUGCAGGCUAGUGGCUACCUUCUGAUCCCUCUGACGCAAGUGCUGGCAAUAUAGUUAGUUACUUUUACCAUCCAAGAGAAUUACUGCGUGCCUGGCUUAAAGAGAAAGACGGUGUUAUGAAGUUAGCUACAUCAUGUGGUGUCGAGUAAGAAAAUAAAAGAAAUCUGUGAGGAUAGGAAACUUAUUAAGUUCCAACUUGUUGGUUUAAGCAUUAAACUAUGUAUUCUUUUACACAGC